ACACAUUGAUCAAUGGGGUCCAAGGAGAAGGGGAAGCGCGGGGAAGGAGGGGCGUCGCCGAGGGCGAGGAAGGGGGAGUUCCCCAUCCGGGCGGAGGAUUACGAGCUGAUGGAGCCAAUUGGCGACGGCGCCACGGCCGUCGUGCGCCGCGCCCGGUGCCUCCCUCGGGGCGAGGUCGUCGCCGUCAAGAUUAUGAACCUCUCCCUCCGCUCCGAAGCUGACGUCAAUAACGCCUCCGAAGAGGUCAAGACCAUGAUCCUGACGGAUCACCCCAACCUCCUCAGCGCCUAUUGCUCCUUCACCCAAGACGAGAACCUGUGGAUCGUCAUGCCCUACAUGGGGGGCUCCUGCUUCCACCUCAUGAAAUCCUCCUUCCCCAAAGGGUUCGAGGAGGAGAGGUUCAUAGCCUUCGUGCUCCGCGAGACGCUGAGGGGCCUCGAGUACCUGCACGGCAAAGGCCACAUACACCGGAUGUCAAGGUAAUUGAGCUCUCUCCCGGCUGGAAACAUAUUGCUUGAUCAGCACAAAGGAGUCAAGCUUGCGGAUUUCGGAAUUAGCGCCAGCGUCUACGACUCGAUGAUCAACAGGAACGGCAAAAGGCACACGCUUGUCGGCACACCUUGCUGGAUGGCACCUGAAGUGAUGGAGCAAAAGGAAUACGACUUCAAAGCAGACAUUUGGUCUUUCGGAAUAACUGCACUAGAACUAGCUAAUGGCCACGCUCCUUUCUCUAGCCAACCUCCAGCAAAGGUCUUUCUGAUGACGUUACAACAUGCUCCUCCAUCUCUUCAUAACACAAAGGACAAGAAGUUUUCAAAUUCAUUUAAGCGAAUGAUUGGUGCAUGUUUGAUAAAAGAUCCAUCCAAGAGGCCAACUGCGCAAAUGUUACUGCAACUUCCGUUCUUCAAAAAAGUGAAGUCUGAGGACAAUCACGUAAGAUGCAUGCUAAAUAAAGUGCCAUCUUUGGUUGCUAGGGUGCAAACUAUAAAGGAGAAUGAAGCAAAGUUGCAAGCAGAGAAGAAACCACACGAUAAAAUCAAAGAGAAGACAUCACAUGACGAAUAUUGGAGAGGUAUUAGUCAGUGGCACUUUGAUAUCGAGGACUUGAAAGCACAGGCUAAGUUGUACUCGGAAGAGAAUGAUAGUGACGAAGAGGAGUACCUGCGUUUCCUAUUUGAACUUGAUACCGUGGAUGAAAUUGUUCCGCUUCAAGAUGUGCGUCCACAAAAUCAUGCUAGUGAUGAUAAGAAGAUUGUAGGUACUGAAAUAGUAGAAACACCAAGCUCAACAACUCCAAUACUGAUACCUCAAAGUGGGAAACAACUUGAGAAUGGACCCCCUAAUGGCCUUGCGCGCCAUGAGUCAUUUGAACGACAUACGAAAGUACCUACCAAGCAACUUUCCAGAGCAGUUUCCAAUGUUACGUGUAUGGAUGAACAUAUAGAAAAAAUGGCCAUUCAAAAGGGUCGUUUUAAAGUAACAACGGAAGAAACGGAAGCAUCUACACACAGGGAGAAGGAACUACUCGAACGUAUUGCAUGUUUAGAGAGGAUGCUCCAGGUUACCCAAGAUGAGGUUGUGAGGCUUAAAGAAAAGGAGGCAAAAGGAGCAGUGCCAUGCGUCCAACAAAAUAGCAAAGUACAUGGGCUAUAGUUGCUUAAGGUGGUUCUUUUCAUAGCUAGGGAAGAGUUGCAAAUUUGUGUAGAUCUAUUGUCAUAAGAAUCUAGCAUACGGUGCCACUUACUUAAAGUAGUUCUCAGUAGAUUUGUAGUGCAUUAGCUUCAUUUAUUUUGGAAAUAGAUUGUGCUUCUAGAAGAGAUCCAAUGUGAUAGUUUACAAAUCAAUGGUGUGAUGUAUUUAUUACAAACUUGAAGCAUGAGGAUUUUCCUAGUAA